AUGGUUUCGAUUACCGUUGCACAAUCUUGUCUUUCCCAUUUAGCUCUUUGAAAGACACCGGCUGCGUAGAAGCUAAACGGCUAUCGUUUGGUUUACGUCAUCUCUAAAUCCACAAAAGAGUUACAUUGUACAAAACGCCCUCUUUGCAUAGUACUUUACAGAUAAGCCUUUUCUCAAAGAGACCAGACAGAGCAGCUGACGGACACCAGGGGAGUCUGAUUUCCUUUCACACCCCACAGGAAUCGCGCUGCAACACGGGACCAACACACGCGGGACCUCCUCCUCCUCCUCCUCCUCAUCAUCCUCAGCAGCAACAGCAGCAGCAGCAGCAGCAGCAUGUCGGUACCGCAGGCGCUCGAGGCAGCAUCCCCCCUCCAAAUAUGCAGGCUCAUGCGGCCAGACGAUGCCAACAUUGUGGGCAAUGUCCAUGGCGGCAUGAUCCUCAAGAUGAUCGAGGAAGCUGGAUGCAUCAUUGGCACGCGACACUGCAACACACAGAACGGGGACCGUUGUUUGGCAGCUCUGGUUCGUGUGGAGAAGACAGAGUUCCUGUUCCCCAUGUUCAUUGGCGAGGUCGCCCAUGUAACCGCUGAGAUCACUUACACCUCUAAGCACUCACUGGAGGUGCAGGUCAAAGUCAUUGCUGAGAACCUCCUCACAGGUGCCAAAAAGCUGGCCAACAAGGCAGCGCUGUGGUACGUCCCCUGCUCUCUGGCGAAUGUCGAAAAGAUCAUGGAUGUUCCACCCAUCAAGUAUGCCACUGCAGAAGAAGAGGAGCAGGGCAGAAAGCGCUACGAGGCUCAGAAGCUGGAGAGGCUGGAAACCAAAGCGAGGAUUGAUGAAGUGGUGCCACUUCCACCCAACCCAGAUGAUUCACCAAAAGAACAAUACACAGUUGGUUUCAGCCAGUCCAGCCUGAUCCAUUUGGUGGCCCCUUCUGACUGCACACUACACAACAACGUUCAUGGUGGUGUGACCAUGAAGCUGAUGGAUGAGGUUGCCGGCAUUGUUGCUUUUCGACACUGCAACACCAACAUUGUCACUGCCUCUGUGGAAGCCAUCAACUUCCAUCGCAAGAUCCACAAAGGCUGUGUGGUGACAGUGACAGGGCGGCUCACAUUCGUCAGUGACAAGUCUAUGGAAAUUGAAGUGUUGGUAGAUGCUUCCUCACUGAUGGAGGCAAAGAAACAGAAAUAUCGCGCUGUCUCGGCCUUCUUCACCUUCAUCUCCCUGGACAAGGACAACAAGCCUCUGCCUGUCCCUGCUCUUAAGAUUGAAGGAGAGGAGGAGCAGAGACGUUUUGAGGAGGGCAAAGCACGUUACCUCCAGAAUAAAGCAAAGAGACUCGCAAAUAAGGAGCGCCACCAGUGACGCCACUGCUCACCACAGUUAAACAUCUGCAACAACAGUAUAUCAACCUCACACAACACAUACAGUAUGAAGGAGAUAAUACCCUCUCCUGUUCUGUAAUUGUAAGCUGAACCUGUGAUGAUUUUGUUUCCUGUGCUACGCACCAAAGCGUUCAUAUAUGGCUGUAUCUGUAUUUAAAGAUUAAGAGUACAUAUUUUUAUUUUUAUUGAUUUAUGAAGACUAUUCAUGAUGUCUGUGCAAAAUUACAGUCUGACUGUAGAAGUAAGAGUACUAUUUUAUUUUUAGGAAGAUUUGUAAGUAUGAAGACUAUUUAUGAUCGGUGUCAGUGCAAAGUGAUAGUCUGAGCGCAAGGAAUAUGAUGAAUAAGUGAGUGAAUAAUAUUGAAUAAACGAUCCAAGCGUGAGUCUGGGGCUCUGGCCUCGUGUCCUUGCUAGUUUGAUGACGAUGAUGUCAUUGUCUUGGGCAUGCCUUGGCAGAGAGGGCACAUGCUAUCCAUCUUUUUAGCACUGUGUCUUUCACAGAGAAAUCAGCAGAACUCCGGGGCUUUGACUCAACUCUCAUCUCUCCCACGCCUGCCCUUCCCCCUCCCCUGCCCUCCUCUCCUCUUCUGCCUGUCUGUCACACUCUGACUCCAGCAUUUGCUUAUCCUCUCCUGCUUAUCGUCAUGUCCUCGUCCAUCUCCAUUGUCUUGCAAUGUCGUUUUCUUCCUCCUCUCAUUCACUCUAUUUGUCCCUCUGUCUCCCUCAGCAUUCUCCCUGUCUCACUCCCUUUGUCUCCACAUGAGAUGUGAGGACUUAUAGAACUAGAAAGGAAUGUGUCUGUAUUUGAAUCUUUCUCUUUGCAUAUCUCCUGGGUGUGUGCAUGUGUGCACAAAGAAAGAUCAGAAAGAUGAAUCGAGGUCAGCAGCAGCCGGUGAGAAAUCAAUAUCCAUAUGGCUGUAAGGCUGUGAUUAUUAACCUGCCAUAAAAACUCCUGUUCAAAUA